GACACCCGCCCCCGCCCCCCCAGGCAGGCAGUUUGUCCGGAUAGCGGCUCGGCCCUUGGAUGCGGGCGCCCGGUCCCCCCCGCCCCCCCCCGCCCCCCUCCCCCCCGGCCUCGCUGCGACUCCACGGCUGCUCCUUCCCUGGCUGCAGGAAGGUCUACAGGAAGAGAAGCCAUUUGAAGGCUCACGUGAGGCGCCACACGGGGGAGAAGCCUUUCACCUGCAGCUGGGCUGGCUGUGACUGGAGGUUCUCUCGCUCGGACGAGCUGUCUCGUCACAGGCGCAGUCACUCCGGGGUGAAGCCCUAUCAGUGCCGGAUGUGUGAGAAAAGAUUCGCUCGCAGCGACCACCUGAGCAAACACAGCAAGGUGCACCGCCACCACCCGGGCACAGAGACACACAGAGACACAGAGACACGCUGAGACACACAGAGACACGUGACUGAGACAUGCUGAGACACGCGGAGACCACCUGAGCAAACACAGCAAGGUGCACCGCCACCACCCGGGCACAGAGACACGAGGAGACCACUGACCAGCCAAACUAAUUUCACUUGUGUUCGCAACAGCCCGAUUGGAAGGAAUAUAAACAGUGUGUCUAUGGAGCGUCUGCCUCAUUCUGUGAGUGAGAGUGAGAGAGAGUGAGAGAGUGAGAGUGAGAGUGAGAGAGUGAGAGUGAGGGUUUUAUAUAGAAUGUCUUUGUAUUCAGUGGGAAUCAUAUGCAUGUUACUGUUUAUUUCAAAACGAAUAAACUUGGAAAAUAUUCUACUGUGGAGUAGUGGUCAGGGCUCUGGACUCUUGACCGGAGGGUCGUGGGUUCAAUCCCCGGUGGGGGACACUGCUGUUGUACCCUUGAGCAAGGUACUUUACCUAGAUUGCUCCAGUAAAAACCCCAACUGUAUAAAUGGGUAAUUGUAUGUAAAAAUAAUGUGAUAUCUUGUAACAAUUGUAAGUCGCCCUGGAUAAGGGUGUCUGCUAAGAAAUAAAUAAUAA